AUGGAGGUCAAAAGCGUGAACACCACGGCGAUGAUACUUGGUCUAUUUUUUCUAAUCAGCUUCGUCGCUGCGGAAGAUCCGUAUAAAUUCUUCGAAUGGCACGUAACUUAUGGUAACAUAUCUCCGCUCAAGGUUGCACAACAGGGUAUAUUGAUCAAUGGGAAGUUCCCAGGACCGGACAUCGCCGCUGUUACCAAUGAUAAUCUCAUCAUUAACGUAUUCAACCAUCUCGACGAACCUUUCCUUAUAUCAUGGAGCGGGAUUCGAAACUGGAGGAAUUCAUACCAGGACGGAGUGUACGGGACGACGUGUCCAAUCCCGCCGGGGAAAAACUACACCUACGCUCUUCAGGUUAAAGAUCAGAUUGGAAGUUUCUACUACUUCCCCUCUCUCGGCUUUCACAAAGCCGCCGGUGGAUUUGGAGCUAUUCGUAUCUCCAGCCGCCCCAGAAUCCCCGUUCCAUUCCCAGCCCCCGCUGGUGAUUACACCGUUCUCAUCGGUGACUGGUACAAAACCAACCAUAAGGACUUGAGAGCACAACUCGAUAAUGGUGGAAAGCUUCCAUUCCCGGAUGGAAUUCUCAUCAAUGGGCGCGGUAGUGGCGCCACCCUCAACAUUGAACCAGGUAAGACUUAUAGACUGAGGAUAUCAAAUGUUGGAUUGCAAAACUCUCUCAACUUCCGAAUCCAAAACCACAAGAUGAAGUUAGUUGAGGUCGAAGGGACACACACUAUUCAGACUCCAUUCUCUUCGCUUGAUGUUCACGUCGGUCAAUCUUACUCGGUCCUUAUAACAGCUGACCAGCCUGCAAAAGAUUAUUACAUUGUGGUCUCUAGUAGGUUUACCUCGAAGAUCCUUAUUACCGCUGGUGUUCUUCAUUACAGUAAUUCUGCUGGACCUGUUUCUGGACCUAUUCCAGAAGCACCAAUUCAGUUGCGCUGGUCUUUUGACCAAGCACGAGCCAUCAAGACCAACCUUGCAGCGAGUGGACCUAGGCCAAACCCACAAGGUACAUACCACUAUGGCAAGAUAAAAGUCACUCGAACAAUCAAACUUGCUAGCUCUGCUGGAAAUAUCAAUGGCAAGCAACGAUACGCGGUGAAUAGUGCAUCAUUCUACCCAACAGACACACCUUUGAAACUAGCGGACUACUUCAAAAUUGCCGGUGUAUACAACCCUGGAAGCAUACCUGAUCAGCCCACACAUGGAGCAAUAUACCCUGUCACAUCUGUUAUGCAAACUGAUUACAAAGCUUUUGUGGAGAUUGUUUUCGAGAAUUGGGAAGAUAUUGUCCAGACCUGGCACCUCGACGGUUACUCUUUCUUCGUGGUUGGGAUGGAACUUGGGAAGUGGAGUGCUGCCAGUAGAAAAGUCUACAAUCUAAACGACGCAGUCUCACGGUGCACUGUUCAGGUGUAUCCAAGAUCAUGGACUGCCAUAUACGUAUCACUGGACAAUGUAGGAAUGUGGAACCUAAGAUCAGAGUUAUGGGAAAGACAAUACCUGGGACAACAGUUUUACAUGCGUGUUUACACACCCUCCACUUCCCUCAGAGAUGAGUACUUGAUCCCGAAGAACGCUCUUCUCUGCGGCAGGGCCACUGGCCACCACACCACGACACCCGGUCCUCUGAGUGAAGGAAGUGAGAGGUUUUGA